AUGCGUUUACCUACAUCUUCUUUACCUACGCCAUUUAUAACCACUCCAACUUUAGUUCAGCAAUGCCAUUGGAAUCAACUCAAAAAACUUUACAAACAACUUAAACUCCAUAUUGAAACUUAUAUUCAAUAUCCUGAAUUUCUUCAACAAGUAACGAAGCAUCGAUAUUUUAUAAACGAUGCCACGGAAUUUUUUUUAUUCGUCUCAAAACUUCGUCGAUACCAAACUCGUUAUCCGUUAUCUUUUACUUCUUCUCAAAAUCAAUUUCUUUAUAUAUGUGAAUCAAUAAAACAGGAAAUUCAAAGUUUAGGAAAAGAAAACAAUAAAGAAGGUGAAGUUGUAAUGACUUUAAUCCUAGAAAAAUCCGGUGCUUAUUUAAAAUUUGAAGAAUUUAUGGAGUUUUUAGAUGAGGUUGAAAAAAAAUGGGGUUUAGUCGAUAAAUGGGGAUUAAAUGAAAGUUUUAGAAGGUUAGGUGAAAAUUGGGUAUUAAGAAUGGAAUUAAAAGAUAGGAUUUCUGAAAUGAGAGAUGAUUUAUUGUGUAUGAUUGCUUUUGGUGAUGACUGCGAAAUUGGUGUGAAAUGCGUAGUUUUUAAGAAGGAAAUUGAUCUAAUGGAAAGGAAUCUCGAUCUGGGUUUAAAAAGACCAAUCUAA